UACAUACAUAUUAAAUUAUCGUAAAGAGAUACAUACUAAUUAUCGUAAAAUAAACAUACUAAAUUAACUAAAUUAAAUGACAUUGUUAAUGAAUCAAUAUUUUAAAGAGAAACAUACAUAUUCAAUUGUUUGAAAUUAAUAAAAUUCCAUUUGUACACAUAAAUUUUAAAUCGUAAGGACUGUUUGGUAAAUUAUUUAAUCGUUUUGGUUGUUUUAAAUAAUUUAAUCGAAUACAAAGCAACACUCGUUAGACUCUUAGAAGAGGUAUACAUCUUCUUAGAAACGCAGUCUUGUUGACAGAAAAAGGGGGGAUCCGAGGAUCUCUUAAUACCCGAUUUUCCCAGGAAAUGGGAGGAUAUGAUAAUCGCUUAAAACCCCAUUUCCUUAGACGUGCAUCUCUUUAUAAAGAGUCGAAGUAAGUGGCGCAAUGUAUCAGAUUAAAUUAUUGAAAACAACCAACACGAUUAAAAAUUCAACAUAAAUUUAUUUUAUAUUUCACUAAAUACAUAAACAAAAUAAAAGAAGGACAAAUGGUAAAGAAUUGUAUGUACCGGAUGAGCGUUCCAAACAUCCCUUGACCGAUGGUUGGGUUGGUCGUACAAGUCAAUUGGAUCCAACGGUCCUUGCUCGAGAUAAUACCGUUGGUUGUAAAUAUCGACGUCCUCCGCAGCCUACGAGAAAAUAACAACGAGGUUAGUAAAUAGAUUAAUUAAAAAGCAAGACAAAAAUUAAACCCGAAUAAUGAGUACAUACCGCUUGAAAUUCAUCAACAAAAACUCCUUCUCCUUGCCACCAAUCGGCCAUUUUUUCGGCGCAAUUCGGACAGAGCUUCGGCUCGGCUCGGCGGGUUUUGAGGAAAAAACCUAAGAAAUGUUUUCUAAUGGCAGAUCGGACUUUGCCGCAACCAAUAGACCACUAUUUCCUAGGCUUUUGGGAGGGGGAGGGUUUAGAGAGAUAAAACUUAGAGAGAGAAGGAAGAAUGGGUUGAAGGUGUAAAGAAAAAUGAGAGGGGGAGGGGGGCUAUAUAUAGUUUUCAGAUCGCAAGCUCCAGGGGCGAUUUAGGAAUUUUGCCCCGGGCGGAUCGCAUUCUCCCAAUGCGUUUUCCGCUUCCCCAGGCGCAGAUCGCAUUCUCCCAAUGCGCUUUGACUGCCACCGGCGCGGAUCGCAUUACCCGCGUGCGAUCUGGGAUCCAAGGCGCGGAUCGCUCCGCUGGCGUGCGCUUAGCCGUUGGAUCGGCUGUCAAUCGGACGAUCUGGUGGAUCGCAACGAGUCCUCCCCAAAUCGCAUCAGUCUGGUGCGUUUUAUAUUGUGGAUUGCACCCCUCUGAUGCGUUUUACGUGUAGAUCGCAUCUGUAAGGUGCGGUUUACAUUUAAAACGCAUCUUAGGGGUGCGUUCCAAAAAAUAAGGUGCUAUUAGUGGAAUUUCUUUUACAUAGGUGCUAUUUUUGUAAUUUUUUUUUUAAAGGUGCUAUUAUUGGAAAAACCCAAAUUCUAUCGUCUCCUGCGAUUACGUCAGAAGAUGCAGAGGGUAUUAUACCCUCCGUUCGUUUAUGGGCGUGCACCCAUCAUCUUACUUACCUAUGUGUGUGUGUGUUUGUCACUCAGUUUUAGAAUGACGAGAGAUUAUUGAUGGAUUUUUGUGAUCAUAAUGUGUGUUGUUUUUACUCGUGUUCAACGGCGAGCAAUUGCUCCAAUCCACAUUACUGUGGGGAAUUGUUAUUUAUGUAAAUAAGAAACUAAUCAUCCCUCUGAAUGUUAACUGGCCAUCUAGAACUAGACCAAGAAGACGAAAGUUGUUUUUGCCGACGAGAUAGAAAGGCAUUGACAAGAGGAAGAAGCAAUGAGAGCCAUUAGGGACACCACCAAAGAUGAAUCAACGAAUGUCAUUCAUUGUCUCAAAAUCCAUCAAACCACGCUCAAUUGACUAACAAGUGAAAUGUUAUGUGUUGUUCGACACACCUCAAUAUUAAAAGCGAUAAGAAGGAAAACCAAACAAAAUGUAAAAAGAGUCUAAAAACUCCCCUUGCCAGCCAUUUCAGAUAGAAUCGUCACAAAAAAAAAAGUGGGUAUGGAAGAUCCCAGACAAAGAUGAAAGUAACUCAUAAAAUCAAUAGAAAUUAAAGGAGAGUUUACAUAAAAGAACUGGGGUUUUGUUGCUAUUAUCUGUAUUUUGCACAUGUAUAUGAUAGAAAUAUCUCACACAAUCAAUUGAUAUAGUUAAAUAUGUAAGAGAGUAAAACGAUUAACAAAUCCUUUUUCCAAUAAUUUGAGUUAUUGGGACCAAGUGAUUAGUUCGCCAAUAUGGUAUCAGAGCCUAGAACUAAAAGGUCAUGGUUUCGAAUCCUGAUGAUGACCCCCAUUUAAUGUCAUUUGUUUAUCACAAGGGAUGAUAUGUCCAACCUGUGCAAACUAAAGCCUCGUGCUUCAGCAGCACAAGGGUUCAACCUGUGCAAACUGUACAAAUCCAAAAUUUGGCAUUGAGAUUAAAAUGCUUAACAAAUCCUUUCCCAAUAACUCGAGUUAUUGAGAUCAAAUGGUUAGUUCGCUAAUAAAAUACUUAAUUUUUAUUUUAAACAAGUGGGUAAUAAAGUCAAGUAAGUUAA